UAUUUUUAUGAACACUGUAAACAAAAAAUAAUAAUAUUACAACGAAUGGUUAGUUGGAAAUUAUUAAAAGAGCUUAGUUAGAGCAAGGCUCUGUAAGGGUUGCGAAACGGAAAAAAAGAAUGGGAGAACGGGGGAUGCUGUGGGGAAAAAUAGAAGCGAUAGGAUGGUAGGUCACCUUAUGAGGCAUAACGUCUUACUCAGAGACAUAUUAGAAGCAGAAACAGGAGUACUAUGGAGAAGAGAUUAUUAAAAUGAUACCUAACAGAAGUAGCCUGAUGACUUUAUCAAAGUUUAAAGAAAAUUUAGAGACUCAGUUGAGUGAAAUCGAAAUGUUACAGAGUGUUUAUUGCAACCCCGGAGAAUUUCGAAUGCAGGACCCUUCGGCUACGAUGGAAGCAAAAAAUUUUAUAGAUAAUAUUGCAAGCGAUAUUCCGCCCACUUUGGAUUUCGUAAUAAAUUUAGUAAUAAGCGGGAUAAAGGUGGAAGUUUCGGUUAAUAUACCACACGAAUAUCCCACCAAAAAACCCCACAUUUACGUAAGGAACAAUAAAUCGAGCAAAACCCAACAUUCUCAAUUAAACAAGAACUUGACUGAUUUUAUUUCGGAAUUGGAACAGGGAAGUCAAUGUAUUUUCGCUGCUUUAUCAUGGAUCCAGGACAAUGCCGAUAAAUAUGUGGAUAAUAAACCUGAAUUGUGUGGUCGCAAAUCAGUUGAUACUGACGAAAAACUCGUACGAAUGUGGCUCUAUUCUCAUCACAUCUACAGUAAGACAAAGAGACGGGAAAUCCUUGAUCAGGCCAAUCAGCUGAACCUCAAAGGAUUCUGUCUACCGGGGAAACCUGGCAUUAUUUGUAUCGAAGGACCAUCGACUGAAUGUAACGAAUGGUGGCAGACCAUAAGAAACAUGGGAUGGAAGAAAUUGUUUGUAAAAAUUUACGAAGAAUGUAAAGAAGAUCCCAAAACUUUUUGCAAAUUCGACUGUUUCGAAGAAGUCGUGUUUCAAACGAGCAACUUGAAAUGCCAGCAUAUGGAUUUGGGUGAAUUUUUAAAAUUUCUGGAAGAGCACAAGUGCGGUCAUGUCUUCAAAGAUCUUUUUGGCGUUGACGGCAACUACAAACAAUAAAUUUUAACAUAAUUAUACUUAGUUUAAUUUCUGUAGCGAUGUGACCUUCAGUUUGACAGGCGCAAA